UCUUGAUCGCUCUCCGUGCACACUGGGCCGGGAGACUUGGUCACCUCACUUUCAUCUCGUGUAGGAGUGUUUUUUCAGUUCGACUGAUUUCAUUGCGAAGGCAUACUACACCGCCGAAUGAAGUCUUCUCACUUUUUUUAACCAAGUGUUCAAGUGCGUUAAAGUUUGUAUAACUUUGUCCGCUGGCGCUGCAGGUGUGUAUACACCUGGUGCGGAAGGUAGUAGUCUGAGCAGAAGGCGAUUGGCGUCACCGUCUGAGCCGCUUUGCCGACGACCGCAUGCUUGUGUUUUAUUUGCAUUUGGCCAUUAAGACAGGACGACUGCCAUCCCAGAUGGACUCAUCAACGGAAGGAUUAAAUUAGUUUGUUCUUUUUUUUGGACGAGGCUCACUCGUAUUACACGUUGCUGCUGUUCCGGGAGCACUCUCUUUCCCUGCCUCCCUCUCUCCGCCUUUAACAGGUGGAAACUGUCGGGAUAUACAAGAGCGGUUAUGGGGAAUCAGGUGGAGAAACUGACUCACCUAAGUUACGAAGAAGUUCCCACCGCCGACCCUAACGGUCUGGAUACAGACGACGGUCCACGAAUUGGCGUUUCUUAUAUUUUUUCGAAUGACGAUGACGACGACCUGGACGAUCCUAACGCCAAAGGGAAAGGCGAUCCCGAACAGGAAGAGGGACAGCAGUACGAGAAGUGCAAUGAGCUGGAGUGCGCCGUCUUUUACAGGGGAGAGUGUGUCUACGAGAGAAGAGCAGGCGACGUGAGGAUCUAUUCGCCGGAAAAUCUGCUCAACAAGUGCAAAGCGGGCGACCUGGUGGAGUUUGUGGCCAAAAGCCAGUACCCGCAUUGGGCUGUGUACGUUGGAGACUUCCAGGUGGUUCAUUUGCACCAGGCGGAGAUCAAAAACGAUUUCCUGACGGAUGCCAGUCAGGGGAGAAGGGGGCGCAUUGUGAACGACGUGUACAAAUUUAAAGCGUUAAACCCCGAAGCUGUGGUCCAAAAUGCCAUGGAGCAGGUGGGCACCAAGGAUAGGGACCUGAGCUGGAGGAACUCCGAGUGCUUCGCCGCCUGGUGCCGCUUCGGCAGACGGGAGUUUAAGGUCGGCGGUGAAAUUCGGAUUGGCAAACAGCCGUACAUGUUCAGAAUCCAGCUGUCGGAGAAAAAGAGCCACACGUUAGAAUUUCAGAGUUUGGAAGACCUGAUAAUGGAAAAAAGGAGAAACGAUCAGAUCGGAAAGAGCGCGGUGCUUGUGGAGCUAGCCAGUCAUCUGAACACGGAGGAGGAAGGGAGAGCUGACCACAACGACAACUGAAGGCGGCUCGGGGUGCGGUUGCACCCGUUCAGAAUGACACUCCUUUAUUGUUUUGCAAGUUUGCUCACUUCUCUGUCCCAUGCGGUGCGUGGAGACGCACCCGAGAGAUGCGCCUUAUGUGUAUCGCCCGUUGCUACGGAUUCUUGUGAGCCACUUUCAGAACUUGGCUGCUGUCGUUACGAAUACCUCGUCAAACGAGUGGCUGCCGAUUUUAAAUCAGAUGGAUCUGAAAAAAGAUUAAAUGAGCACCUUUGAAACUUCAACACCUCCAAAACGCAGUGUUACUGGUGCAUGUGAGCGAUCAGCUGGUGUGCCCUGCUGCUUUGUAACAAGGGCUAGACGGAAUUACGGAGGUGCAAGAAAUGGAUGUGUAUUUUAAAUUCCAAUGCACACAUUUUAAGAGUGCAUAUUUACGGACUUUUGUUUGAAAGAAAUGAACAAUGCAUUUUUUUCUUCUUCAACGAGUGAAUAAAGUGUACAUUUUUAGUCACUUUCUCUUGUUAAAUACCAUACUUGGCAUCUUUAAUUGCUGGUGUGUUUGUAAGACCUUGGCUAAAUUACUAGUUUUCAUACUUGGCUGAAAGGUAUAGAAUGGUUAUAAGAUUACAGUAUGUGGGGCACAGUGGAUGCUGCUUUUCAAAUAAUUAAAUGUGGAAAUAUAAUUUUGGAAUAGUUAAAUGUCCUUAAAGUCACACAUGUAUAUGCAGCAUAGCACUGGCCCCAGAUGGACUGUUGUUACCUUCAGAGUUUGUGUUGAGCCGAAGCUCCCAGUAAAGACUAAGGGUCCACUUAACAGAAAGCUGAUGGAUACUGUGUAAUAGGACUAUCUGUCCAGUGUGGUAUCCUGCCUUGAAUCCAGUGCUGCAUGGGUAGGCCUAGACCCCCCACGACCCUAAAUUAAAUUAAGCAGAUAUUCAUUCUUAAAAGCAAAGUAAAGCUGUCAAGUAGUACUCUACAAAUAGGUCAUUGGGAAAACAUUUUUGGUUUCCAAAAGAACCAUCCACAAGUAGGUUCCAGAAGAAUCUUUAUAUUUAGAUCAGUAAAUGAAUAGAUGAUAACACAUUUGGAAAAUGUAAGUGGGUCCUUGGUUUUAAAAGGACUCUUGCGGCAAACAAUGACACAGACUAAGUUUGGGUUUUCUUGAUAUGUCAGUAUUCUGUAAGCUAGCUUGCUAUAAAUUAAACAUGUCAGUUUUGUCCACAUAUUAGGAACCAUUUCAAUGCCCAAAGAACAAAUUUUAUACUCAAAAGAAUCCUUCCAAGAUUUUUUUUGUCAAGCGAUGGUUCUACUAGGAACCUCACAACCCAAUAAAGUGCCACUUUACAACAGUUAUUUUAAGAGUGUGGAAAGGAUUAACAUACCUGUAUGAAUGAAAGGUUUAGAAAAUGAGUGUAUCAGCCUCCAGUAUAUUAAUAUAUAAACUGUUUACUCUAGCAGGCGUGUUGAAAUGGCAAAUGGAGAAGAUGUGUACGUCCAAUGCAACAUAUUGGUGGUGGGGGAGGCAGGGGGUUUGAGAAAAUGGAUGGAUGUAGGUGUUCUGGGCCCUUUUCUACUAAUUACUAAAGAGAACAAGUUCAGAAAAAUGAAUGGCAAAAAUAUAAGACUCUGCCUCCAAAUGACCGAACAUCAAAGUACAUGUGUUUAGAAAAUGGAGUAAUGUUAGGCUUUUACUUUAGGCCCUGUGUUGUGAAAAACAGGUUUACAAAAUGGGUUAUAAUGGGCUUUGAUGGUCUGUUUUCUGCCAUUCACUGAAGAAGGCCAACAUGGAAAAUGGAUGGUUAGGAUACUAGAACGCUGCUGUGUGACCUUAUAUCAAAGCAUGCAGGUUUAUAAAAUGGACUGAUAGUAGGCCUUCACUAUGCUGGUUUAGAAAAUGGAUGAUGCAAAAUAGACUCCAAUUUGCUUUCAAUGCAUAUUGGAAAAUAUAGAUUUGGAAAAUAAAACAGAUACAAUGUAAGACCCUCUUUCCCCAUAAGCCUCUAAGGAAAAAAAGCAGAUUUAAAAAAUGGAUAUGACAGGCUCUGCCAGGACCUCUGCAAGCAGUUGUUGAAAAGGGCUAGCCAGGUAUAUAGAUGGUGUAAAUAUAAGAUUAUUGUUUGUGCCAAACAGUGCAGGUUUAUAAAACUGACUAAUGUUAGGCUUUGCGUCUGCCAACACUUUAUUGGGAAAAGCAGGCAUACAAAAUGGAUGGAUAUAAAAUAGGAUUUGUCUUCCCUCUGCUCCACAUUGGAAGAAUUUAGUUCAAAAAGCGGAUGACUAGAAUAUAAUUUAAAAGUAUGUUUCUCUGUAACCUUCUAGGUAGAUUUAGAAAAUGGAUGUUAUAGGAUCCGACUGUCUGUCUAACCUUGUACUGAAAAAGGGUAGAAUCAUUGAGUGGUGUUGUUAGAUUGCCCCUUGCGUGUGCAUGAGAGAGAGAGUGCGUUCUCCCUGUGAUGGACUGGCACCCUGUCCAGGGAUUGUUCCUGCCUUGCACCUGAUGCUUACUGGGAUAGGAUCUGACCUCCCCAUGACCCUACCCUGGAUAAACAGAUUAAGAAAAUGGAUGGAUGCAAGACUACUGUAUUUAUGUGGCUGUAUGUCUACAAAAGCAUUUUUUAGAAAAUGGGCUUAUAGACUAGGUUCUGGUUACCACUGACCCUUUAGUAAAUAUGACAAAUUAAAAACAAAUAUUUGUGUGUUUCUGCAUGGUGGUAUAUCUGAAAAAGUAAGUCUGGAAAAUGGAUAUACAUAAUAGGCUUUGGCUCCUCUUUAAUAAUGGACAUGGCUAGAAUAGAAGGCUGUUUCUUGGGAAAUCUCUAUCAAAGAAUUUGGUUUUAUGAAAUGAACCAAUACCAGGCUUUCACUACCCCAAACUUAUUUGGGAAGGGCAGGUAUAGAAAAUGGAUGGAUAUGAAAACAGGCUCUCUCCUGUCAUUUCCAUAUUGGAAAAAGGUCAAUUCAGAAGACGUAUGACUAGAAUAUAAUGAAAGACCCCAUUUGUUCAUAACCUUGUACUGAAGCAAAUAGUAAGUGGAUAUAAUAGGAUGUGGCUCCCUUCAACUUCUUACAGAAGAAGGUGGGUUCAGAAAAUCUGUGGCUUAAUUAUGGGACUACCACCAGUAUUUUAAAUUACAUAUGUUUUACUGAGAUGUGGGGGGAAUAAAAUAGAUAAAAUGGGAAGCAUAUACCAACUUCACACAAAAAGUUUGCAGGCUGAAUUGAAACCGAAGGCUGGAGUUGUGAUAGAACAACAAAAGCACUUCUGUGCUACUCUUUAUUAUAUGUGUGAGGCCCUUGCACCCUGUCCAGGAUUGGUUUUUGCCUUUAGGGUCAUUGUUGCAGGAAUACAAUUUGCUCCCCCAAACCUGAAAUGAGUGAAUUAGGUUUGGGAAUGUUAAUUAUAUUUAGUUUAUAUUGUUCCUGUUACCUGCAAUUAUAUAUUGGAGAAAAUGGGCUUAGAAAGUGAAUAAGAAUGUCUUUCCAAAUCCUUUAGUCCUUUGUCUGAAACCCCUUUAAUCAACUUAUACGGUUGUGGGGGCUGGAGCCUACCCUAGACACAUCAGACGUCAAGAUUAGAAUGGACACAGGAUGGGGUGCCAAUCUACUUCAUGUUUUACAAUGCUCCAUCACCCCAUGAUCCUGUAUUGAAUACAGCAGGGUUGGAAGCCGGAAGGAUUUUAAACAGUUUGUUCCAUGCAGUAGCUAACAAGACUGUGCUUGCUUAGAGUGUGUUUGGUUUAUUUUUGCAGUACCUUAACAUUUUAUAUAAUGUUUCCCUGCCGUUGUCUAGACUUUGUCAAUUUCAUAGAUUAUGAAACUUAUUUUAGAGGCUGAUCUAUAAAUAUUCUGGCCAUGUCAUAUACUUUAAACAUUCUUUCAUGCCAAUCAUUUUAUAAUUAUUUGCAUAAUUACUGAAAAAUGCUUCAGAAAAUUAGAAUGAAGUAGGAGUGGUGGUGUAGAACCCAUUAUCAUAUUUAAAAGAAUAUGUUCAUCUUUUAAGUGUUUUACAGUUUGGAAUGCUGCAGUAGUAGUCAGCAUUCUUGCCUCAAUGCUAAAAGGGAGUUGGGUUCAAUUACCAGUCUUGACACUGAUUCUGGUUUCCUUCUUGAAUAGGCCCAUUGCCCACUCUAAAUUUGUUCCAGUUUGUGCGGGUGUGUGCCCAGAGUUAUAUUGGUUUCUGUGUUGUGCUCUCAGUUGCAUGGAUAGGCUCCAGCUCCUGCAGAAGCAGCUUUGGAAGGCACACAUUUUUUUCUGUUGUGUCUUCAUUUUUCAAGUAUUGCUUAAAAGAAUUCAUUCUGCAUUACAGUGGCACAGCAUUUAGUGUGGCUGUUGCACCUUUGUGUCCUGGGUGUGAGGAUGACACAUUGUGCAAGUUAGGUUAAUUGGCAAUGCCAAUUUGAUUCUUUUGUCAGCAUGAAGUAUGUGUGUGUGUGUAGGAGAGUGAGCCCCAUCCAGGAAUGGUUCCUACCAUGUACCCAGUGCUACUAUAGGACCAACCCCCUACAAUCCUUUUAAGAAUGUUAUGUUGUAAGAAAACAUUCAUCUAAUAAUGGGUGGUGUUGGUAUGGUUACUGCCGUUUCCUUAUAACUCAAAAUAUCAGGAGUCAAAAUUUUGUAUAGAGUGUACUGGUUCUCUAUGACCAAAGUCAACAAGCCCCCAGGUACUCUGGUUUUCCUCUCACAUUCCAAACACGUGCAUGCUAGGAUAAUUGAAGACUCUAAAUUAUGUAGGUUUUACUCCAUUUGGGCAAAGUUUAAAAAUCCCAUAUAAUAAAGUCAAAUAAUAUGAAGUAA